AUGCCUAAAAAUUUAAAGCAAACAAAAAAUAAACGAAUUAAACCUUUUAUUAUUGGUUCAAAUAACGUAGAAAACAAUUCCGUGUUGAAUAUAGAAACUAAUAUUAGCAGUUCCAAUAUUGUUCUUUCUGAACUCAAGCUGAAAUUCCCUCCUAUUUUAACAACGGACGAACUUAUUAAGAAUGCUAUUAAAUCCAACACUUCUAGUAAGGUUAAAACACUUCCAAACGCUUUUAUCGCGUACAGAAUGGCGUUAAUUAAAGAAUAUCAUAAAAAUAAUAUUAAGUUACCACCUAUGGGCCAAUUUUCCAAAAUUACAAAGCAAUCUUGGGAUAAGGAAACAGAAAAUGUAAAAGAUUUUUACAUUAAACUAGCUAAGGAUGCAAAAUCCCUUUACAUGAAAAACAAAACUAUUCAACUCGUAUUUGAUAGACACAUGAGCGACAGUCAGAUUACUACGGGUGAUUCAGAAUAUUAUGUCAACCAUACAGGAGCUCUUUCUCUUGAGAAUUCUACCGUUUGCGUUACGAAUUCUUCUGAAACAAGUAUUGAAGACAACAGCUCUAAUAAUCUUUCCAUUAAUAUCAAACCCACUUUAACACAAAUGAACUCAUCAAAAAUGCCAUUAAAUCAAACACACCAUAAAAAAUUAGAGCAAGAAUGUUUCCAAACGGUUUUGUCACUUAACUGA